ACUGAGUGCCUGAGACUGCUCAUUUCUGCACUUACACUGGAAGAGGAAAAACCUGGCAUCAUGACAGAAGAAAUUAAACCCUCUAUUUUUGGUGGAGUGGAUUUCCACAACGUCGACAACAACAAGGAACACCACACCAAUGAAGUCUCACAGCAGCGUCUGGUUGUGAGGAGAGGCCAAAACUUCAAAAUGACUCUGACUCUGACGCAACCUUUUAACCCGGAAUUUCAGCAGCUCGUCCUCACUGCAAAGACCGGAGGCCAACAUGCCUCAGAGGACAAGGGGACAUUGUCUCACUUCGGCUAUCCAGACAACAUCAGGCGUUCAUCAUCAGUUAAGGCAGUGUGGAAGGUAGAGCUUCCGACAGGCUUCAGUCUUCCAAGCAAGACAGUCGCUCUGUCUGUUACUCCCCCAGCCGAUGCCCCUGUGGGGGAGUACGAACUGUUCGGGAAACUUCAGGCGGAGGAAAAGUCACUGGGAAAGCUAGUGGUGCUCUUCAACCCCUGGUGCUCCGAGGACUCUGUGUAUCUGCUUGAUGAACUGAAGAGAAAAGAGUACAUCCUGAAUGAACAUGGAAUCAUCUUCAUAGGAAGUGCUAACUAUAUUUCUCCUGGAGACUGGGACUAUGGGCAGUUUGAGGAGAACAUGGUGGACAUUUGUUUGAAGAUUUUGGACCGUAACCACAAACAUGACAAGAACCCAGCUGAAGAUGUCGCUUCUCGCUCUGACCCCAUCUACGUCAGCCGUGUGAUCAGCGCCAUGAUCAACUCUAACGAUGAUUCCGGUGUCUUGGAGGGACGCUGGGAAUUUCCAUAUAUCGGUGGGAAAAGACCCACUCACUGGACUGGCAGCUAUGCAAUCCUUAACAAGUGGCUCCAGAGUGGCUGCAGACCAGUCAAGUAUGGACAGUGCUGGGUGUUCGCUGGAGUCAUGUGCUCAGUGAUGCGUCUGCUGGGCAUCCCCUGCCGCGUGGUCACCAACUUCGAAUCAGCUCAUGAUGUCAACAUGGAUUUGAUCAUCCAGAUUUACGUAGACUACAAUGGACUCAAUGAGGAGUAUACCCAGGACAGUAUUUGGAACUUCCAUGUCUGGACGGAAGGAUGGAUGAAGCGACCAGACCUGGGAAGUGACGGGGAAUAUGACGGCUGGCAAGUUGUGGAUCCGACACCACAGGAGUUGAGCGAUGGUGUGUUCUGCUGCGGCCCAGCCUCAGUCAAAGGCAUCUUAAAUGGACAAACUGGGUUUAAAUACGAUGCUCCAUUUAUCUAUGCUGAGGUCAAUGCUGACCACGUUGUCUUAUUCAUCACAGAGAGCGGUGAAGUGUUUCAAAUCGAGUCUGAUACCACGAUGGUCGGGAAGAACAUCUCCACUAAGGCUGUUGGUUCCAAUAAGAGGGAGGACAUCACCAACACCUACAAGUACAAAGAAGGGUCAUACAGCGAGAGGAUGUUCUAUACAUUUGCCAUCGACGGGGGAGUUGGAAGUGGAGGAACCGACGGGGGAGCUGGAAGUGCAGGAACCGACGGGGGAGUUGGAAGUGGAGGAACCGACGGGGGAGCUGGAAGUGGAGGAACCGACGGGGGAGCUGGAAGUGCAGGAACCGACGGGGGAGCUGGAAGUGGAGGAACCGACGGGGGAGCUGGAAGUGGAGGAACCGACGGGGGAGCUGGAAGUGCAGGAACCGACGGGGGAGCUGGAAGUGGAGGAACCGACGGGGGAGCUGGAAGUGCAGGAACCGACGGGGGAGCUGGAAGUGCAGGAACCGACGGGGGAGUUGGAAGUGGAGGAACCGACGGGGGAGCUGGAAGUGGAGGAACCGACGGGGGAGCUGGAAGUGGAGGAACCGACGGGGGAGCUGGAAGUGGAGGAACCGACGGGGGAGCUGGAAGUGCAGGAACCGACGGGGGAGCUGGAAGUGGAGGAACCGACGGGGGAGCUGGAAGUGGAGGAACCGACGGGGGAGCUGGAAGUGGAGGAACCGACGGGGGAGCUGGAAGUGCAGGAACCGACGGGGGAGCUGGAAGUGGAGGAACCGACGGGGGAGCUGGAAGUGCAGGAACCGACGGGGGAGUUGGAAGUGGAGGAACCGACGGGGGAGCUGGAAGUGGAGGAACGGAGGGGGAAGCCACCCCACAACCUCCAUCACCAGUGACUAUUCGAUUUGAAGAGGUGUCCAGGCUGAUCAACGGUAAGGAUGUGAACCUGAACCUGGUGCUGAAGAGUAAGAGCAGCGACGCCAGGCCACUGUCCAUCCCACAUCUCCGUCCAGGCCAUGAACCACAACGGCAGAUCAACUGGAAAAUCCUGACCGAGGACAAGGAAGGAGAUGCUGCUGCCCGGAAAAGAUCUGUCCGUCCCCAUUCUGGUUCCGUUCUCGACCUACCAUAACCCAUGGUGGAGAGCGAGAGCAUGAAGAUUUCAGUCGUGAUCACAGGACAAAAAGAACGGAGAACACAAAUACCUGGCUACGCAUGAUGUUGUGCUGCUGAACCCUCCACUCUCCGUCACUGCUCCUGCUCAGGCCAGCCUGAAUUCACUGACCAGUGGGGAAAUGGUUUUUUACAAACCCCAUCAAUGAAACUCUGACAAACUGCACUCUAACACUCUCUGGAGGUGGCCUGUUUCAAAGAGGAGGAUGAAGUCCAGAUUCAAGAUCUGAACGUGAACCACAGGGUGCGUGUGAAGUUCUUCUUUGCUCCCUACAAGAAAGGAGAGAAGACUCUCACUGCCGACUUUGACUGUGACUCCUUCAGGGACAUCAAGGCCAGCUGCACUGUCAACGUUGUCUAAUAAAUUCUCAGAAUCGCAGUUAUGUGCUCAGUAGUGAAAUGCUAGAGGCAACUAUUGUCUUUGUUUCACAGUUAUUUACAUGCAAUGAUAUUUUUGUUGGUUUUAGAGAACCACUAUUGCAACAUUUAAGAAAUCAUUUAGGAUUGAAUAGAUUUCUGACAUAAAUCUGUGCUGGUCAAAUACGUGAAAAAACAAACAAACAAUAAAACAGCUAGCAAAAUGUUCAACAACUGUAAAAUUACAGCAGUGCAUCAGUAUUUACUGCUACUGUCUAUGUACUUCUUUUAUGAGGCUUUAUUUCUGAAUAUUUUGCUGAUCUGCUGAAUAUUUGCGCUGAAUAAGAGUUUGAGAAACAAUCAUCUGUGCCUUUAAAGUCACAACUAACCCAGAAUAACAUUUGUCAGACAGUAAGGUCUCUCUCUCUCUCUUUUGUUUUUCUUUUUUUUUGUACUUUUGCUUUUUGCUGGUUUCUGAGAAGGCUGUAAAACUACUGCUGUCUACACUUCACUCCUGACAAUUUAGGAUUUCAAGUUGAAUUUAUUUUUAAUGAAGGAAAUUCAAAAAACUCACUCAAAUCUCAAUAAAAGUCAUGGUGCUUUCACAGGUAA